AUGUCUGGCUUAGGAGGUGACUUUGGCGUCCGGUUUGCCAGGGAAACAUGGGCAUUAUACGCCGUCGGUGUCCUAGGCGCUGUUCUGCGAUUUACUGCUCGUAUCCGUCGAUUAGGCAUUCGCAACCUUCAGGCCGAUGAUUAUCUCAUGCUUUCCGCUGUCAUCUGGUACACACUUCUCUGUGUUGCACUCAAUCAAGUCGCCUCAGGUGGAGGGUCAAAUCUGAUGACCCAGGAGGAUAUCGACACCUUGACUCCCGCCAUUCACGCCGAACGAGAGAAGGGAAGCAAAUGGGUAUUUGUGUCGGAGCAUGCCUUUGUUCUGGCAGUUUGGAGCAUGAAAGCUUGUAUGCUGGUCAUCUAUGCUCGUAUCACUGAGGGUUUGCGCCAGCGUAAAUGGAUCAACUACAUCGCCAUAUACGUUGUUCUUGGCUUCGUUGCCACCGAGUUGUCUCUGUUCCUCAUCUGCCGCCCAAUUACCAAUUACUGGGCUGUUCCAACACCCAAUUACCAAUGUUCCUCGUACCAGCAUUAUGAGAUCGUUCAAGGAUGUCUUUCUAUCUCCGCCGAUGUUUUUAUGCUUCUUGUCGCCAUUCCUCUACUCGUACAAGUCCGUGUACCAAUGAAGCAAAAGCUCAUCCUGAUAUUGCUCUUCGGAAUGGGCAUCUUUGUCAUUGUUGCCGCCGUCCUGAACAAGGUCUACUGCCUGGUCCCAUCGCUCAUCUCUUACGUCUACAUGAAUUGGUAUUUCCGCGAAGCAACUGUUGGCAUUUUGGUUACCAAUCUACCCUUGAUCUGGUCCCUUUUGAGGGACGUAUUCCCCGCGCUCAAGAGUUGGACUGGAGGGUCGAAGAGGGGCACCGAUCGAUACAAGUCAGGUCCUUGGACGAGCAAGGGAUCCCGACCAUACGGUCCUCCAAGUCAAUUGCGCUCGGGCGACUUCGACAUGCAGAACUUUCCCAACCGCAGCACUGCUGCCACGCCGCAGAAAAAUGGACCCGCAGUCUCCGAUAUCAGUCUCGGGGGGGUCCGACGAGCGAGACAUGAGCAGUGA